CAUACUGGUUGCAUUGCGAUGACAGACUAGCAACGAAAAAACUGAAAAAAUUGUAAAUAAAAAGUUUCCUUGAAAUACUAGACAACGUUCGUUUGCUAGGCAGGCAGCGUCCUGCCAACAUGGUCAUUCCAAAGGAGAUCCUGAGCGAUUACAAGGAGUUGUACGAGAAGGCCAACCGGCUGGUGGAGGAGGAGAGUCGUAGUGAUCCUCCCACUGACCCUUUUCGCUCACAUUACAAAGCCCGCGAUGUUCUUGGCGAUUUAAAAAGACAGCUGGACGACCAACUAGUCUCUGUCCAGGCCAGCGAGGAGGACGGCGGACAGGAUGAUCUGUGCUAUCGCUCCCUCCUGGCCUUCGUCUGUCGGGAUCUGGGUAGGAUCUACAUCUACACAGAGGAACAGUCCGAGGGCGAGAAACUACUUAAUCGUUGUCUGGAACUAGUCACACCGCUCAAGGAGCUCCCCGAAGGCAUUAUUCCCUUCAUUGGAGCCAUCAACGAGCUGAGCAUUGUACUGGCCUCGAAGGAGGACUACAAAAAGGGUCUGGAAAUACUCAUUCAGGCGGAUACCAGCUACGAGGAGUUUAAGGCCAGCGGUAUACACCCUCUGGCUAUUCAGGAUAUAUUCAACCCCCCGGAGGAUGGACAGGAACCUCCAGCGGCGGGACCCAAAGAGCUGGAAUCACUGUACACCCUGGUCUCCUUUUACAUGGCCCAAAUGUACGGCCAUUUGGGGGAGCCAGAGAAGUCGGCCAGAUGCUGCCAUCGCACCCUGCACCGGCAACUGGAGUACAAGACGUACGAUCCCAUUGAUUUCGCGCUAAACACAGCCACUUUGUCGCAGUUCUACAUUGGAGAAGAGCGCUUUCAGGAGGCGCGACAUCACCUGGCCGCCGCCACGCUUAUCAUGGCCGAGUACGAGACCCACAUGUUACAGCCGGAGAUGAGCGAGAAGCAGCGCCAGGACGUGUCGGAGACCUUUAAACAUCGCUACGCCGAUGUGGCCCGCUGUUGGGCCAAGUACGGAUUGUAUUUAAUGCACACUUCCAAGCUCCGUCUGAUGAGGGACGAGGAUGACGAGGAGGCCAAGAGCCUGGAGAAGGUGAUGCGUAACCUCCGACUGGCCGAGGCAAAGCAGUCUCGGUUUCCUGGUCUCGAUCUUACCGCCUGUGAGAAUCGAAUUAGUUGUGAGUAUUGCUUGACCUUUGACGAUGCCAAGCUGGUUUUCCAUUUCGUUAACGAGUGGCUUGACACUGCCAAGGACUAUUACAAGGCGGAGGACGAGGCCACCGAAUACUCCAAGAUCAUGCAGGACUACGCCGAGGCUUACGAGCACAUUGCCUUCUUCGAGGAGAAUCCGGAAAACCAGGCUAAGAUGCAAAAACGGCGCGCCAAGUAUCUGGAGGAUCUGCUAGAUCUGCUUGACCCCAUCUUCUACAUGAAGAUCUGCAGGGAAUGCUGGUACGGCGCCGGAACAGCGCAUGCCGCUGUGCUAGAUGUCCGUCUCGACAUCAUUCGGGCCACGAGCACCCCGUCGCCUGAGGAAAUUAAGAAGGUCAACCAGAGCUGCAUGAAGGCCAUCAAGCAUUUUGAAAGCUAUGUUAAAUCCUAUCUGGCCAAACCGCAGAGCGAGGAGUGGCGUCCCAACAUGGACGUGGAGGAACAGCGUCACAUGCUCUACGCCCACUUCCACAUUGGACGCAUCUACUACAAGCUGAUCAGCGCCCAUCCGCUUCAGCAGCUGGAACACCUUGCCAAUUGUCACACCUACUACAAGAGAUUCGAUGCCGGUUGUGAGCUGCACAAGGAGGCAGCCGAGCCAUUGCAGGGGGAGAUUGGAGUGGUGCGCGAAAUGCUGCAGCUGCUGCCCCUUAAGAUGAACACGGUCAAGGCGAGGUUGGGUUAGACCAUAGUUAUCUUAUCCUGACACAACAAUUUCCAAAAAAUGAGUUGCAUUUGCCGAAAGCUUUAUUAAUAGUCCAAAUAAAACGCUGUGCUAAAGGAUAACUUUAGUUUAUAAUUUAUUAAAUGGGUUUUAUUAUCUCAUUUUUAAAAUAUAGAAAAGAUUCAAAUUUGUCUAAGGAUUAAAGGAUUAAUCAAUGACUUAAGAUUUUAAGUCAGACUUAAUAGAUAAUGUUACUCAAUAAAACUAAGAUAUAUAAAACCAAGUAUUCCACGUUAGUAGGAAAACGAAAGCAGAAUUUGUUGUCAAAUUUAAAUAGUUAUUGUAAAAUUGAAAAAUAAAAUUCUCUGUUCUAUCACCCUU